AUGUUACCUAACAGCAAAGGCUCCAUGGAGACUACGUCACGUCCCAUGAGAAUACGGUUUCUCACCAUUCGCAUUACUGACCGUUUUCUUUUCUGCCGAGUCUCAACGACAAGAGGACAAGGUUCCCACUUCCGGAUAGGACCAAAUCGAAUCAUGAUCAUUGACCUCGAGGCUCUUCACAAACUGGCAAAGAUCGAAUCAGACUUGUGUAGGGGACAUUCUCCUUACUUCAAGAGAUUUCUUCCAGUCCGAGAAAUAUAUUUUAAGUCGUGCUAUCGUGAGGGACAAGCGACGCAAACAUCUUCACACGCAUGCGAGCGGAGAACUAGCAGCCCAAUAAUAGACUCCUCCCUGCAUAUUAAAUGUGAUAGAGCUAUCGGCUUUGUUCUUCGACAUUUCUAUUCCUCCAACACCGCAUCUCGGCCAUCCAGUGUAGCAGAGCUCGCUAUGAUCUAUGCAGCCAAUAUUGUUCCUAGUCUAUGCUACUCCGGCAUAGAGACUUGUCUCAACAACGGACUGGAUCAGAAGCGGAGACUAAAUGUUUCAGCUGCCAUUAUCGAGUUGGUCAAUAGUCUCAUUCAAAAGAUACCAAUCACAAUCCGCUCAUCAAUGCAGACUCAGUAUGUUACUGGCAAUGAUGACGUAUCUGACGUAUCUGAUGUAUUAAGCAAAGCACAAACAAUCGCGAAAUUCUCAACGUGCACAGUCUCGAUAGCAAAGACACUCCAGCACAUCUUGAUAUAUUUCGUUUCAACACGUCGCAUUUAUCAAAAAUUGCGAGCGGAGGUCGGCAGCAUACCCUUAGAUCUCGUUGACACUGAACUUCUUGAAAACCAUCUUCGGGGCUUGCGAUAUCUGCACGUAAUUGUCCAAGAAGGAUUUCGGCUAAGGCCUGUUGGUGCUGACCUCUCCCUCAAAGUUUCAAAGACUGGCGAAUUUAUAACCGGGUAUCACGUUCCGGGGGGAGGGGACGGAGGUGGAACUGAACCGUAUCGGUCUCUCACGGUCGAGGGAGUACUGGGGGGCUGA